AUGAGUUCGCGGGACUAUUACAAAGUGUCUUAUAUGAACAAAGGAGCUGAUCGCUCCAGGAUCUCCUUGGACCAUGAUGUCCUCGAUAACGACACGGAGUUCAACGCUAACCAGUUCAAACUAUACGAUGACUUCACCACUGACCUUCGUAUGGCCUUCAACCCGCUCAGGCGGAACUACCACGAUAUCACCAGGACUGAUAUGAUGAUGAGGAGGAGGGGAGACCCUAACGACUCUGGGGUCGAUAUGGAAAAUGGGAACCCUCUAGAAGAUGUAUCAGCUUCUAACGAUAGCGACCUGUUGGAGAACGAAGUGAUGGUAGAUCCUUGGAGCAGCAUGGACUCCUCGAAUUCACCGUUAACUGACUCCGGACCAUCGGCAAGUGAAGACUGCACCCCUUCCACUUCAAGUGAACCCCCUCGCGGGCCUCUAGACGCGACUUCCCCUCUAUCGCCUGACUCGCGCCGCUUACCCGAUCCAAAAGACACCAAAACCAAAAUUGUCCCCAAACACAUUCCCCAAAAGGCAUCUGACAAGGCGCGUUCGCGAGACCUUACCCUUGAGCUAGAGACCUUAGAGCCUGACCUCCUCUCACGCCGGCCACAUUUUCUUGACGAAGAUUAUCAACCGCCGUCCAAGUCUAACAUCGAAUGCCGUAUCCCUAAGCCACAUUUCCUCGAUCACUCACCAUCGCCUGAUGAAUUCGACGAACGCAGUGAUAUUACAAACCCAAACUUUCUCGAUGAUGAAGUUGAUGGCGAUGAAAAUGCACAAAAGAAGGCUGGAGCUCUGCCAAAACGACCACAGAAAAACCAGCCAUCCACAUACUCUAGUUCAGAAGAUCGGCCGCACAGAACGAGUUACCGAAGCACUCUACAUUAUGGGUUAGAAAGUGCGGCUAGAUCGAGUGAACGAGACAAAAGAGCUUCCCAACUCUACCGAGGGACCUGGCCAGGAGAACGCGAUGUCUGGACAGGUCAUGACUCCGCAAGCGUUCGCAGUUUCUCUAGUAACGGUUCCGCCGAAGGAACGAGACCUUCGUCUAAUUUAGAAAAUAAGAUGGAAUGCGUUUGUUCGUUGAUUUCUCUUUUAAGCUUAUCACCAGAAAACAACGCAGACUUGAGCGGCCCCUUACUGGAAAUGAGCCGAUCAGUUGAAAGUUGCAUCGCAAUGAGACAAGCCGGAUGCAUUCCGCUACUAGUUCAGUUAAUACAUUCGAAGGUCCCUAGAGAGACGCGAGACCGCGCAGCGAAAGCGCUUCGUAACAUAAUCCACACGCAGACUGACGACAAAGCAGGCAGAAGAGAAGCUAGAGUCUGGAGAUUGUUAGAACAAGUCCGGGAAUACUGCUAUGUUUUAGAAGAUCUCGUAGAAAUGAGAAAAGAAGGAAAAGAAGUCAUUGAAGAUGAUGUUACCAAGCAUCCAAGUCAGAGCGUCGCAGCCCUCAUGAAAUUGUCAUUUGAUGAGGAGCACAGGCAUGUGGUGUGUCAGUUAGGAGGGCUGCAGGCGCUGGCUGCAUUAGUCAGUGGGGACCAGGCGGCACACGGAAGCAGAACAGAUGACAACACAUGUUUGACCAUGAGGAAAUACGCUGGGAUGACCUUAACGAACCUCACCUUCGGAGACGGAAACAACAAGUCCUUGUUGUGUUCAUUCAAAGACUUCAUGUUAGCUCUGGUCGAACAAUUGGAAUCACCCAACGACGAUAUGCGACAGGUAACAGCAGCAGUGCUGCGAAAUCUCUCUUGGAGAGCGGAUACCAACAGCAAACAAGUAUUAAGAGAAGUAGGAGCUGUUAAAGGCCUCACUAAAGCUGCAAUGACGUGUCAAAAGGAGGCCACUCUAAAAUCUGUACUCUCGGCCCUCUGGAACCUGACAGCUCACUGCUCAAUGAACAAAGUAGCCUUAUGUUCCGUUGAAGGAGCACUGGGCUUCCUCGUUGAUAUGCUUAGUUACAAUUCGCCUACAAAAACACUGGCGAUAGUUGAGAAUGCAGGUGGCAUCAUGAGGAACGUGUCGAGUCACAUCGCUGUACGCGAAGAUUACAGACAAAUUCUCCGGGAGAGAAAUUGUUUAAGUGUCUUGUUGCAGCACCUCAAGUCUCCGAGUCUAACAGUCGUCAGCAACUCGUGCGGCACGCUGUGGAACCUGUCUGCCAGGUGCCCGCAAGAUCAACAGUUCCUGUGGGACCAUGGUGCGGUACCCAUGCUCAGAAGUCUCAUUCACUCUAAGCAUAAAAUGAUAGCGAUGGGCUCCAGCGCAGCCCUCAAAAACUUGCUCAAUUCCAAACCGGGUAAAACGCACAUCAUCUCACUAGACACAACAGCUAGAAACAUGAAUUUACCGGCGCUACCAACAUUAGGUGCCAGGAAACAAAAAGCUUUGGAGCAAGAGUUGGAUCAAAACUUGGCCGAAACUUGCGACAACAUCGAACCAGCUACGUCUCCUACAACCAGUAACAGAGAAGAGAAGAAUCUAUUUACAGCCACGGAAAGACAAAUAGCUAUGAAUUUGGAACGACACAGAAUGACUUCCAGUUCACCUCUCAUGGGGACAUUGACGUCUCAGAUAUCCUUGAGUCAUAGCGCACACCUAGCCAGCUACUUGAGCUGCAGUAACACUUUGCUGAAGGGAGCACUAGUCACUCGUUCAAAUACAGGCAGUGCUGGCAACGUCAACAGAUCAGAAAGCAAGGACAGCGUCACCAGCACUCACUCAGACUCAGUGUUUGAGCGAGUCAUGCGCACUGGGAAAGUACCCGUACCGACACCUAGGAACAAAGACCUAAUGAAGAGUGAAAACUCUGGUGAAUCGUUUAAAGCGUCUUCGAAGCAACACAAAGACAGUUCUUUCCUUCGAUAUCCCACACAGCCUCCAAUUCCUCCGCCAAGAAGUACUACUGAAAUGAGAACAAACUACACAGAAUCCGGUUUUGACGUCGACCAGGAUUCUUGUGACCAACCAAUUGACUACAGUAGGAAAUACUCGGAGACGAAGAAUACUGAAUCUGAGGAGACAAACCAAAGACUGAUAACAAGAAGUAUUCAAAGAAAGAAAGCGCAAACAGCACGUAUGGUGAUUAUCAAGAGACUGAUUUAG